AUGCAGGGUCCUGAUACGCCAAGGUGCAUCCAUCCCGGCAUGUGCGGUCUGGUAGAGCUGUGGAAGACACUGUACCGUUCCUCAUACCUUCGCCAUUUGAUGAUGACACCAGAGUGGCGCGACGGCGCAUUGUUCCGAUACGCCCCUCCCCUGUCCAUCAUGCGAGACAACGUGUCAUGCGCGGCCAGUGCCCUGACCACACUGUCAACGGAGCAGGAGCGCCGAAAGCGCAAGGUGAAGCAGGAGUUGCCACGCCCUCGUACAGUGACAUCGGCGGGCAGCGGUGUGAGGGGCGCAGGAGAGGUGCCGCCGCCUCCCAGUGACGAUGUCGUUGCCCGUCUUGCCCGCCCCAACUAUCAGCGUGAUUUCCAGACGUUGGCGCUCUACGGUCCCCAUGGAGUGGGGUGUCAGCUGCCAGCACAGGACGUCCUGACGCUCGCUGACGGACAGUGUCUGGCCGACACAGUAGUGGACUUCCAUAACAUGGGCCACUACUCGCUGGUCAUAGCUACGAACCUCCGCACCAUGGUCAGCGGGAAGCUAUCCGAGACUGCAGAGGGCGGCGUGGAGCUGGUGCAUUACGAUAGUGCACAGCUGCACACCAAGAGGCCGGAAGUGAUGGAGGGCGUCAAGAAUCUGGUUUGUCAGUCACUUGACGUGUGCGCUCUCAUGUUCCGUGUCUGCUGGCAGCCGGAAGACAUCCCACAACAGUCGAACGUGGUAGACAGUGGCAUUUAUGUGGGCAUGUAUCUCCACGCCCUGGUUUCGUCCGGCUUCUCAAUCCUCAAAGAGUGGAUGCCGUUCUACGGCGUGAAAUCGUGGGCCUACCGGCGCCAGCUCCGCGAGGAGGUGUCCCUCCACGCCACCGGUGACCUUAUUGUCAAGCUAUUUGGGGAGGGUGUGGAUGUUCCCGUGCAGCCUCUUCCCCAGGUGGGAGAACACGGCGCCCUCGUCUUUCCCAAGGAGGACGAAGUCCGCACCGACCUGGCGAGGCAGUCAGGCAUGAUAACCCGGGUGGAGCUAGGGGGGUACGUUGUGUGUGCGGCUGUCAUGGGCCUGGCACGUUCGCUGGGCAUUUCGGAGGAUCAACUGCUGAGUGGAGCGGCACACGAGCUUCAGGCACACGGCACGCCUCUGCUGGCUCUGUCCACGUCCAAGAACCACGUGGAGCACGCCGCAUCUAUGCGGACGCUCGGCAUGACCAUCCAAUCGGCUCCCUGUCCGCUUCCGCUGCCAUCGUUCCCUUCUGCGCAUCUCGAUGGGUCGUCCAUCAUUCAUAGCACUGGUCAGCAGAUCAGGCUGGGUGCGUAUAAUGUGGAGCUCGAUGCGGCGUAUGCGUAUGCCGCGGCGGCAUUUGUGAUCAGGCGUAAUGACCACAUCCAGCACACGAAGGAGCUGUCGGACGCGGAGAAGGCAUCCCUGAUCGGCCGGCUGGUUGACGAGGCCGCUGCAUCCAGCGGGAAGGCGGGUCGCAGGCGCAAGCAUCCCGUUCAAGACGUCAUCGAGGGCUCUGCACAAGUGGAGGGGGAACCUGACGCACCCCCGGCGCCAUCAUCGGACGACGAUCCAAACGAGGCUCUCCCAAGUCGUAACCCACGCCGCACUCAAGACGAAGAUGGUCCUGAAGCGGACAACAAUGCUGAGGCCGACGCAGAAGGGGACGACGCCGGCGCGGGAGGUGCUCCUAAUGACGCACCAGUCACGCGCGAGGAGCUGCAUAGCAUGAAGGAGCUCCAUGAAGCCACGGCACGUGCGAUUGCAAGGCUGGAGACGGCGUUCCUUGCGAAACCAAAGGAAGACGGCAACAAUAAGAAGAGGAGGAGGCGAAAGCGCGGCUCCGGCAAGGGAAAGCGCCGGAAGGCGCGGAGGGCACGCUCGACGUCCGAUACGGCGUCCGAUGAGGAGGGGGACUUCGACGACGAGGACGAGGGCCACCUUCGACACUCCACAUCUGCCAUUAUGCAGGAGGCGCUCGACCUCCUCCCGGCCGACAAACCCUGGAAGGCCCGCACCGAGCUGUUCAUUAGGCGCUCCAACUCGCAGCUGACGUUCUACCCCAGCAACGCAGCCAAGACAUGGGCCAUCUGCGCGGUCGUGGAUAACCUGACUGAGAGCUACGCAAGCGUUGCUCUCGCUGCGUGCAAGGCACGUCGGAUCGACCUGAACAGGUCGUUCAGCGACUGGAAGACUGGUGCGGCAGGAAGAGUUCGCGACAUCUCGCUGCCUAAGAUUGGACUGUUUCGACACGACCGAGACAUGAAGAGUCCCUGGGCGACACGGGCGAGGCGCACCCUGUCCCGAAUCCGAGAUAGGGUCGGCCUUGGAGACGUGCCUGCGGGUAAGCUGGCUCUCUCUCGGUGGAGUUGCGACCGUGACGGGAUGCCGUUCGCGUCUGGGGCGUUUACAGCAUGCGCACGGGCGGCGUUCAAGCCAAGGAUGGUGAACGGGAUCGUGACACUGAAGCUCUACCACGUGGCAUGGCUGGAGCACGUGGUACGCAUACGCCUUGCAACUUUACAUCACUUAAAGUACCAGGGAGAGUGUCCUCACGCGCGCGGGUAUGUGGUUUGCCGUGCGCAGGUGUCAGAUGCAGUCAUGCACUGGGAGGCGCGCCAGGGUCGCUUCGCCAACUCCGCAAGCUCCAACGCGCUGAUUGUGGACGGCCUCCACGUCCUCGUCAAGGCUGCAGUUAGGGGGGCCAUCGCGGAUUUCCGGCCCGACUAUGACGAGGCGUCCCAGAGCUGGGCGUGGGGCCGCCAUGGUCUGCGCAUCUCGGCCGACGGCAUCGCGGCAGCCGACGCAGUGAGCGCGGAGGCGAGCGUCAGCCGCAGGACUCCGCAGGCAUAA